GGCUCGGUGGAGCGGGGUGGGGCGCCGCCGUCUCGCGGGGACCUCUUGCGCGGCGGCCCGGAUGGACGCCGAUGGCUGGCUGGCCGCGGCCCGAGCGUUCCAUGGCAUCUGGUUCCCGAAGGCCACCGGUGGAGCCCUCGACGAUGCCCUCCCGGAGUCCGUGCAGUCCUUCUGGUUCGGGGCGCGCAAGCCGACGCACCGGGCGCGCUUCGAGGGCAUGUUUGUCCACCGCCGAAGGUCUCCGCUGGAGGCGGCCGCGCUGGCCUGCGCGCUGUGCCCGCUGCGAGCGGCCGUGGCCGCGGCGUGCGCCCCGGGGCGAGCGCUGGCGCGGGUGCGGCUGCGGGUGGCCGUGUUCCUGGACCAGAUGCCGCGCAACA